AUGGCGGCCUUUGUGACUGCUACCGACAUGUUCGGAUAUCCCAUGUCGGCUCCGGCAAACGCUUCCGCAAGCUUCUGGGACCCGAGUGCCGACAUGUCGGGCAUGGAAAUCGACUUCUCCUUUGGUCCUAAUGUCUUUCAAACUUCGGGACAUCGCCAUAUGCCUUCCUUUGACGCCUCGCAAAUGUUUCAAGAGUCUGCUGCCUUGCCGCCGUCAGGUAGCCAAGAGACUGCCCAGCCCAUCAAACGGACACGGCCCCUGGCUCCCAAACCUGUCAUGAACAAUGUCCAGUCCAGCUCGGCAGAUAUCUCCAUGGUGACGAACUCGUUCUCAACCCCAAUGGACGACCCCUUCGGUAUUAUGAGUCCCGGCGGAGUCGAUCCUGGUGUCUUAUUCGGUCGACCGCUAUCUGCAAACAUGGGUGCGAACAUUCCCGUCACACAAGGCUCGGCACAGUUUGCCCUUGCAGCGGCUGCUGAAUCACAAUCGAGAGCGCCUAUGCACGGCGAUAUUCGCCGCUCCCUCAGUACCAAAGAGCUGGGUCAAGGAAGGCCAUCCGGUCAUGCUUCUAUAAGUUCUCCGGUCAAAUUGAAUGGGAGGCUCAACGGAUUGCAACGGAGUGCCAGUGAGAAUCGUGGAAGACGCGGACUGGCAAAGCCGUCGUUACCCAAGCUCGCUCCUGCCAUACAGCCGAGGUCCCAGGUGGCCAAUGGUCCCGUUGCCGGCCCAAGUAGGCCACCGAGCCGCCCGUCUGGCAGAAUCUCGCCCCUGAAACAGCAGCACUCUCGCCUCUCAAGCUUGACGUCGAUACCUGAGUCGGCACCUCCGCGACCUCGCACGGCUGUGAAGUUCACGAUCGACUCGAGAGGCAGGGCGCGGGCCGAGACCACCAUGGUGAUGGAUGAGCCGCGACUGGAGGAGGUACGGAGACUACCGGUGACACGGGAAAUGCCGCGCAGGGAGAAGAGCUGGGAAUCCGAGGACGACGACUCUUCGACAGACGACGAACCAAUCAUUAUUCCCAGCCGAAAUACCUCGUUCGCAUUACCAGAUCCUCGUCGACCGUCGUCAGCCUCCAUGUUCCAUUCGUCUCGAAGGAGCGUUAGUGAACACAGCUCGAGUAGCUUGGGCGCGUCGGUUUCGCAGCACGAGGCUGAGAGCGAGGCGGAAACCGUGAUGAACGAGGCACAGGGAAAGGGGGGUGACGCAGCAAGCGAGCUGCGGAAGCUUGUUGAGAGCCGCCAAAAGCGUGGACAUCAGGCACCUGGCAGUCAACGAUCACAGCGAUAUACGUCGGGCAGUUUCCAGGAUCACCUCGGGGGUAUAAUGUCUCCGACGGGUUUCACGGAGGCCAGCCUACCCUCGCCGACGAAAGCGACGUACAACGUUCGAUGCGUCUGCAGGAACAGCACCGAUAGACAGGGAGAGUACAUGGUCCAAUGGUAUGACACCGUCCCCAGUCUGGCUCGUCAAGAUCGCCAGCCAUCACCUAUGAUGCUUCACUAG